AUGGCGUCCUCGCCUCCAAAAGGAGGGGACUGGGAUGGUACCCUUUUGCCCCUGAUAAAAUGCGUUUUGGGCAAGAAAGGCAUAGAACAAAGGCAGGCAGCCGAAGUUGACAGAAAAAAAGUCGACUUUUUUAGAGGCAAGGACUUCGCAGAAUGGAUGCUAAAGAAUGAUGCAGGUACUUACUUUGAUUCGACAAAAAAACUCUGGUUCUCGAGCACGAGAGAUGAAAUGGAAUCAGAAAGCCACUCUCCAACUCUGUGUAUAAUUCCCGACUCCAACGGAAAUUUGCUUUUUCGCCCACUUUCCUUUACACCCACCUACAGUGAUAAAGCGUCGCUGCCAUGCCGCAUUAGACGAGUAUUUAGAGGGGAAGGGUGUUGCGGAUGAGGAGGACGUCGCAAAGCUGGGUCAAGCAUUAGUGGACAAGGGCUUCAUAGCACCAGCACUCUAUGCACCUCUGAUUGACAAUAAGAAGGAGGAGUCAGCUACAGACAGAAAGAGGAAGAAAUGGCCAGAUAGGCUCAAGCGAGUACGACAGAGCACAUUCGUUAAGGCUACCGCUGAUGCAUAUCCUUAACACCAUGAUCCUUGGCUCUUCUUUUUCCACUUGAAAAAGGGGCACCUUCCAAGGAUACUAUUACUCUCAAAGAGGAAGAUGCGAACGCGGUAGCUCUAAAUUCGACACCCAAGGCUUUUACAUCUGUAUAUACGAAGGAUCGCAUCACUUCCGAUAUUUCAUGCUAGCGUUGAUGCUCCUCGUCAUCCUAGGAGGGUGCUUGUUUCCGGUACUUCUUUUGAUCUUUCCCAAGUACUAAUCCUAGGAGGAUGCUUGUUUCCGGUACUCUGAAUUCUUAACAAAGUGAAGAUCACUACGCAUCCAGAAAACCAGAACGAGAACCGCAUCCGCAACCAUAACAAAACCAAUCAGGUAUGGCCCAUGUGGGCUCGAGUAUUUGCGUGGUAUAUUGCGUUGUCGCUGUGUACGCUUUACUUCUGCACAGAGUUUCUGCGGAUGAGCUGUUAUUCACUAGGCUGGAUUGUCGGACUCGAAUUUUGGAUACUGCCAAACUUGAAUGACGAAUAUUGCUCGUACUACCGCUACUACUUGCGUGCUAUUAUCAUGUUGUGAAUGUUGUUAAUUUUUUUGAUGAUGUUACAGUUACUUAAAUAUUCGUAAUGUCUUCAUCGACAGCUCCUUCUUGAUGAAUACGUAUCAUGUCGUCUGCGACAACGCUACAACUCUACAGAAACUAUGCUGAUAAUAUUUAUAUGUUUCUCCUCACUAUCUGUAACAAUCUGUACCUACGUCAGGUUUAUGGAUUCCUUCAAGCCAAUCUGGAGUUGUGAACGACGAAGAGACGGCUUGAUGAUGCUGGUCAGCAGUUAUGAAAAGCAAAAAAUGAGUACAAGUAUUUGAGUUGUCGGAGUAGGGCACUAGAUAAGGUAGAACGACGAGCGUUUAGAUCAUAAGUCGUAAAAAUGAAUUUUUUUGGUUCUGAAUGCAGGUCUAUCAACAAGACGAGGUCCUCCUCUCUGAUUCAUCUCUGAACUCACUGUAAGGCUACAUUCAAUUUAGAAGUCAGCCUCCUCCCUUCCGCUUCCACCUUUCCCCUUCCGCUUCCCCCCUCUAACUUCAAGUCGCGGUCCUAGGAGUCAUCGGCCUUGCCAUGGAGGAACUAUCCAAAACGCAUAGUAUCUCCGAUGUAGCGGAUUUCGUCAAGGGAAGUUACCAGGACAUCAUCGAAUGGGGUGAGAACAAGGCCAUGAUGCUAGAAGGACCGCAGGAAAGAAUGAAGCUGCCAUCAGUGGAGGAAUUGAUGAAGUUAUGGUUUGUUUUCUAAUUCUAAGAAGUAUAAAUUGCGAAUUUGGGAAUUAUAUGAAACAGUUUCAUGAUUUCCAGUACAGUUUGUUAUCUCAAGCUCAACAUCCUGUUCCUCUUAAUGUUGUACUGUCAUCAAAAAUAGACAUGUAACUGGCUAAAAUCGUCCACAACACUCUUUCACAUUGGACGGAUGACCAAUACAUCCUACCCCACGGAUAAGGGAAGCAGGCGCUUUGUAAAGUUUAUUCCUUCAGCUGAUUGAUAAGACUUAAUCACACCUCCUUAACCUGUUGCAAUUUGCACCCUGGGAGGACACUACCUUGCGUUCGGUACUACCAGUUACUUGGUAAAAAAGUUUAUUCCUUCAGAUGAUUGAUCCGAUAGUCACAAUUAAUCAAUUCACUGUCUAAUCUUAGAGGAGCAAGAAGAGGGAGCGUCUGCAGCCGCGGCUAGUACGAAGCCGGAGGAAACGGCAGCAGAGGGAGAGGAAGAGACCCUAUUUGAGGAGCAAGAGGAGAAGGAGGAAAUGUAACCAAGUUUACCAACAUGAGCAUAUUAGCACAUGUGUAAUUGUAGUACAUGUGAAUGGGCGGGCAGAUGAUUGUCGAGUUUGUCGUGGUCUCUGAUUUUAGUGUCAUAACAUGACAUGCACAUGAUGUUGAUGAUCAACUCUCUCGCACACAUAGGCGUUUUAGUAAUAUUUUCCCCAUAUGAUCAACAUCAAACACGUUCCCCUUCAUGUCGGGAGUAGAUUGAAACUCCUCAUGCUCAUACCUUCAAUUUUUUUCUUCAAGCUCUCGUCUUUUUCUAACGGUGACCUAUGCUUGGUGUCACAGGCUGUCACAGCAUCGUUCACCUAAAUAAGAAAGUUCCAUCGUUUUCGAAGAAGCAGAACAAAAGCAUGUAACUAAAAAACUACUCAGGUCAACAACUACAACAUACGGACUUAAACAUUUAUACUGUAAGAGAUUUACUACAAGUUAGUAUCAUAAAUCGUUUUCAUCCUACACCAACCCUCCACGGGCCACCUGAGCUCCCCGUUCAGAUGUCGACCUACAAGAACAUGACACUCAACACGCUCUCCUACAGAACCAACUCUCUACUUCUAAAAUAGAAGAGAUGAUGUCCGAAGAUGAGCACCAUCACGGUCUUCGUCAAAACACACGCAGUGAGCAUGCUAGUCUUGGAGGACGCAUGGCAAAAGAU